AUGGUUUCAGGGCUAAUCAACGCGAAUCCAGUGAUUUAUGAGAAGAAGGAGAGACGAGUUCGAAGUUCUCCAACUGUUGGCGACGAUGAAUAUGCUGCUGAGCCUAUUGAUCAACUCGAAGUUUUUGAUAUCCUUUUCAAUUUUUUUUUCAAAGAUAUUAAGGAUCCAGAGCAUCCUUACUCUUUGGAAGAGCUUAAAGUGAUAACGGAAGAUGCGAUUGAGGUAGAUGACAAGCACAGUUAUGUCAGGGUGACAUUUACUCCAACAGUUGAACAUUGUAGCAUGGCAACCGUUAUUGGUCUUUGCUUGAGAGUGAAACUUAUGAGAAGCCUGCCGCAACGUUACAAGGUGGAUAUCAAGGUUGCACCAGGAACUCAUGCAACUGAAGCUGCAGUUAAUAAACAACUAAAUGAUAAAGAGCGAGUAGCUGCAGCACUGGAAAACCCAAACCUGGUGGAUAUGGUUGAUGAAUGUUUGGCUCCAUCCUAUGCCUGA